UAAAAUGGCUGCAGAGUCAUGAAUGAGAGUAGACGGUUUGCUCGGUUAUACUGGCAUUCCCCAUUCAUGUGUGGAACAGAAAUAUGUUCCAUAGCAGGAAAAACCAUCCAGACAUCAAGAGGACAACUCAGAAGUUCCUUGAUCCAAAGAAAGAGACUCCCGGAAGACUGCGAGCGCUUCGAACUUUGCUAGAUGCUUUCGAUAGUGCAGACUCCAAGGUUUUCUUCCAGGGACAUUAUUCAGAGAUCUACUAUGUCUUUAACGAUAUGUUUUGCGUUGUGGAAAGCAACCUCAAGCAGAAAGGUCACAGAUCACAGAAAGAAGAUCUUGAUGGCGUUCUCUACGUACUAGAGAAAAUCCUUAUCCUUUUACCUGAGCUUGUGCAGAAAAGAUGGCAGUUUCACAGCAUUGGGCGAAUAAUGCUGAAGCUACUUCACCAUGGCAAUGCCAUCAAGCUGCGAAGAGAAGGCGUAAGACUGUUUAUGCUGUGGUUUCAAUGUCUUCAAGCCAACUCAGAUGAGUUGUCUCAGCUUAUGUAUGCCAGUAUUAUACCUGGCUUUCCCAACCCAGUGGAUUCUAUUGACUGGAGUAAAUCAACACUAUCAAAAACAGAAGCAGAGGAUAUUGUAUAUGUACUGCAUGGACCAGAAAAUGAAGACCAGUUAAUUCACACAUCUCUAAGUACAUUUCACCUGGACAAAAGCAAUGAAGACUGGUGUAGUAGAGAGGAAAUACAACCAAUUUUUCCUGUAGCAACAAAUGAAAAAUCCACAACACCAGACAAGAUCACUAAAUUUUUCCUGGAUAGAGUACUAGAAUCCAUGAGCACUGGGGUUGUGCUGUCUGAAUGGGCAGAUAAACGAUCAAGAGAUCACUCCUUUGCCUUCAUAUUUAACAAUUUUAAGAAGUUUUAUCUUCCUUACAUAUUCUCCAAUUGGAAUCCAAGACCUCCAUUAUAUGAAAGUCAUGCAGAAAUCCAAGUUCCUUCCUCAACAGUAACAGCUGAGGAUAUGGCACAGGAUUCUAGGAUGAUAGGACCAAGAGAGUCAGUUUUGAGAUGGUUUGUUGCAUUCACAGUUCGUUUCAAACGUCAAAACUCCUCUGAACUUAGCAGUCAGUUCCUCAGCUCAACAAAAUCAUUGGAUUCUCAGCUUUCUUCAAGCCCUACGUCUUCUCCCGGGUCUAUCCCUAAUAUUGAUAUGUUACGCAGUGGAAGUUCAGGUAGUGAACACCUUCAUGAAGCAAGUGAUGUGAUACGCAGGGUGCUCUACUCAACUAGAGAAAAUGUUCAAUUACUACAUGAGGUGCUACGGCAGGGCUUUAGACUUCCUCCAAGAAAUGUCAACACCAUCAAACAGGUUUUACUUGUUUAUCAAGACUGGAUAAAGCUGCAACAUUCAGAAAAACCAAUCUUUAUCUUGGAACCUACCCCUCAAUCCUCACACACCCAUGAUGUAACAGAUGCACCCAGAGCUAUCAUGACAGGGAAUGAGGACUUUGGCCCUCCAGCAAGCCCUGUCAGAACCUGGUCCUACUGCCGUGCUGUCGGGGAGAGGGAAAGGGAGAGAACGUUUACUCUUCCCAGUGAGGAAGUGAGAGCUGGUCUUCAAGCAAAUCUGCGCCUCUUUCUGCUUCAUUCUGCUGAAGUGUUUUUAGUACCUGAAGAUAAGGAAUUCCUAAUCAAACAGGUUGAUGUAUGCAAGAGGGUCAUUCAUCUCUACAGAAGUAUUGUCCUGGAAGUACCAAUGGAAGGCAAAACCUGGGAGCAGUUAUUACUGGUCUUACUUGAGGCAGCCAAGCAUUUGUUAUCAAGAGAGGUUCCUGGUGAAAGAGGAAGCACCUUAUGUGGACAACUGGCUGCUGGCCUACUGCAGACUCUGUUUGUUACCUGGAUUCGUGCAAACUUAAAAGUACAAGUGUCGACAUUCCUUUGGGAUAAGUGUAUGGAUGUUUUAUCAUCAUUAACGCACUGGGCUGAAGUUAUCAAUGAAUGGAAUACAACUCUUCAGACCCUCACACGAGUGAUGGCAAGAACGGUUUACAGUCUGGACUUAGAGGAUCUACCACUGGUCAGGCUCAGUGAACAGAAAAGAAAGAAAAGAAGACAUCAAGUUGAAAAUAAAACUCAAUUUGAUAAAGAUUCAUUCACUCGCUGGAGCAAAAUGGGAAACCAUAGCAAAGGCAGCCCAAAAGUGAUACGAAACACUCUUGAAAAGACCAAUGGAUCUUCUGCCCCUGUUACUCCUAAUGUACAGAGGCCAACAGCUAAUGCAGCUAGCUCUGAGGUAUAUCCAUUAGAUGGUACUAAGAAAGAGUUAGAUGCAGCUCCUGUUGGCAAUAGUGCUUUCUAUAGAACAAGGAAAACUAGUAAAAUCAAGGAGGAUGCCUUAACUGAGGCAGCUGAUGUUGCUGCAGGUUCAGCAACCAGCAAUGAAGGUGAAAAUGCUGGUCAAUUUUCAUCCUCUAGUGCUCUCAGAAAUGACCUAGAAGAAGCCAAAGAAGAAAGCCCACUAGCAAACAAGCUAUUAUCUUUCCAAAUGAGUGACACAGAAAGUACAGGAAGUGGAGAAAUGAGCUUCAAAACUGAACCAGAAGACUCAAUAAACGGAAUCAAAGAUGAGGACAAGACAGACUUUGCCUCUACUCCACCAAUGCUUCGCCAAGCUGCUACUAGUACCGUAACAAGACAAGAUACUGCAAAAUCCAUGGAAUGGUACAACCUGAGCUUUGAUAAAGAACCCAGCUGCUUGCCAAAAGUUCAAAGUGAGACACACAUAGGACUGUCAAGAAUCAGUGAAUCAAGCUUGGAGAGUAAAUCUGAUGGGGGAUCUCGGGAUUCUCUUAUCAAUCCGGUGUUUGGACAGGAUGAUAUUGAUAUCAAGAGGGAUGACAUGAUGAAUAUGACAGAUCAAAUGGACGAGAACCAGGGGAGCCGGCUCUCCUCUGUCUUGACUGGUCAAGAUAUAUCUGAUGAUUUGACACAAACAAGCUAUGCAAGUCCCUCUCCCUUUCUUGGUGAAACCAGAGAGGAACUGCUAGAAGUAGAAGAAGUAGGUGGCGCAAGCGAGGAAGAGCUGAGUGUCAUAGCUGGAGGAGUAAGAGAAGGAUGGGGUCCUAUAUCAUCUGUUGUACUGUGGAGAAGAAUGCUGGGCAUUCUUGGUAACAUCAAUAAGAUUAAGGAUCCUGCUAUCCAUGCUAAAGUCAUUGAAUGCCUUACUAUUAUCUGGGACAUGCUGGCCAAGGUCCGACUUAACCAAGGCAUCUCUAUCGACAAUAAGUUUACUCCAAGCGUACCAGAGCUUCUUCCACCCUUGCAGUACUUUGCUACCUGGGUAUUUGAGGCUGCAUCUCUGUCCAUGCCGUUCAAAUUCAAACAAGGACGUCUAUUGGCCUACCAACUGAUGACAGCCAUGACAGUGCGCAGGCAUGAACUUCCUCUAUCCCAAGAAUACCUGACACACUUCUAUAGGCUGAUGCAUAUCGGCCUGACAGGGACAGACCAGGAUGUCAUCAGUGCAAUCAUCAGUAACUGUGGACAUUUCUUUUCUCUCGUGUUGCCUUGUUGUACUCUACUCAUCUUGGACUUCAUACAAGCUUCAAAUACUAUCUUCAUCAACCAAAAUUUGGAGUUACCUCGUGCCGAGGCAGUUACUCUGAUGGGAUCCCUGUUGUGCUAUCCCAAUGCAUUUCCUAAUAUGCCUCUGCAUCAGCCAGGCCAUCAAACAAAUGAGUACCAGCCAACGAGUAUGGGCAAAGAUAUUAAGGAGAAAUUAAUCGUUGCUUUACUUAGAGUUGCCAAACUGGAUCCAUCUGCUACUACCAGAUGCAUUGCUCUCAACUCUCUUGGUGUGUUCUUGGUCGAAGAGCUGGUUCAUUGUAAAGGUCAUCCCAGAGUACAAGACUGUAUUUGUAUUCUUCUACAAAGCAUAACUUUCCAUCACAAAGCCAUCUGUAAUGUGUCUGUGGAUCUAAUACAUUUGCUGUCAGAGUAUUACGAAGAACUCACCGAGUAUGAGAUUGACUUACCACUCAAGAUCGUGGAGGUUUUGUGCCAAACGCUCGUUAGCUUGCUACCUGGAGGAGAAGCUGCAAACGUUCAUGAAGACCAUUCUAUCAUUGUACCUGUAAUACUCUGUUUGCUGGACUGGACUAUGGUCAUUCCUGUGGAAAGACUUCUAGCCAAGAAAGGAGACGAAAACCUCAGCCUACUAACACGGGUGUUCCAGGUCCUUCAAAUGGCAACAGCCAAUAAGAUCAGCCAGAGGCGCCGGAAGUCACUCAAUAUCUCUACUAUCAUCAGCGGCGAUGGCCGACCAAUCAGAUUAGCGCGUGUACAAGACGGAAGUAAAACUAACAACCUCUUACCCAGUCCCUUAGAAUCUCAGGACAGUGGGGAUGACUCGCAAGAAAACAAGACACCCGUACACUUCUCGUUUCCUCCCAAAGCAGAGCCUGUCAAGCUAACUGCGCAAGCGGCCUUAAUGCAUUUAGUAAACCACCUUGGUCAUUUUCCACUCGGCGCAGGGCCUUCAAGAAUCGAUAGUAAUAUUAGUGAGCAUGAAGAUAACCCUAGUGUACCAGACGCUGCUGAAGAACUACAACAGUCAAUAUUCAACUCGCCCAAUGUACAGUUCUUUAUUCUAAACGACAGCGUCCUAGUAACAAUGAUCGAGAUUCAGGAGGAGAUGCCUACUAACCGAUCAGUACUACACGACAUGACCACAGCCAAGACACAAGUUCGUCUAAUUCUACGUGACAUGAGUGGAAGGCACUCGUGGGAUUAUACCCUACUGUACGGCAAAAACGAUGAUACUGGAAAACGGAUUUCUUUUCCUGGUUUGUUACAAGGACUAUCUGUACAACUCCAACCACUCUCGCCAGCGACAACCAAUAAAAGUCACACCAGAAAACGUGUACUGAAAGACCUACGAGCAUCCAGUUCACCGUUCACUCCUGACAGGCUUGACGAGGCCUUGAGUUACAUCGGUUCAACAAGCCGUGAGUGUAUCCUCUAUCCUGACCAAUCACUGAACGAGCCUGCUCCUUCAAGCCACGUGAUCGAUAGAAAUAUGGAAAUGUCGGUGAUCGACUCAGUGUCACAGCAGUUUGAAUCCGAGCUGAACUAUAUCAAUGACGUCACAGAUGUUAGUUUGUCAGCAGCAGAGUUUCGUCCUCCUUCACAUGUCGACCCCAGUUCACCAUUCCAGCUCUGUCGUUUUCUUAUCAGUGAGAAUGGGAUAAUGGCGUGGGAAAAAAGAUUAAGAGUGGACUUGCUGGAGCGAAACGAACGCUUUUUACGUGAAUUAAAGAAUCUGGACAAGAUACGAUGUCGCGAGAGGCAUAAAAUAGCAGUUCUAUACGUCGCGGACGGCCAAGAGGACAAGACAUCUAUCAUGAACAACAGCGCAGGAAGCCAGCCCUAUGAAGAUUUUGUAGCCGGCCUCGGAUGGGAGGUGGACUUGUCCAAGCACACUGGGUUUAUGGGUGGACUAGAACGUAACCUGUCCACAGGUUCCACAGCACCUUACUACGCUAACUCGACAGAAGAAGUGAUAUUUCACGUGUCUACUCGUAUGCCACUUGCUACAGAUGGCACAGGCUUCACUAAGAAGAUGCGUCACCUAGGUAACGACGAAGUUCACAUCGUGUGGUCGGAGCAUAGUCGGGAUUACCGAUACGGCAUUGUGAAUACGGAGUUUGGUGCAGUGCUGCUUGUAAUCUACCCGUUAAAGAACCAUUUGUUUAGGAUUCAUAUCAUAAAGAAACCACAGGUGCCACAUUUUGGGCCUUUAUUUGACRGUGCAAUCGUAAACCGGCGCGUUCUUCCCUCUCUAGUCAGAGCUACUGCUAUCAACGCUAGUAUGGCUAUCAAAAGAGCACUCAUUCCCAUGUACGAAAGAUGCUACGAAGAGCGUCAGGAGAGUAUUCGACGUAUCGUUAAGAAUCACAAGCACUUGUCAAUGUUCGAGGAGUUCGCGUCGAGGUGCUUCAGUCCAGCGCCAAGCACGAGCAGCAGACCUUCUACUCCAGCGGGGGAUCUCAAAUCUUUCAUGCGCACGCAGACUACACCCAGUAGUCUGAUAGAACAAGAGUCCAUACGUAAUCGAUCCAAGAGUACUGGGAACUCGCUGAAUGGGCAGAACUCGGAGCUAGCAAAUAAGGAUUUGUCUUCUCUAGCCAUGUCUCUCCCGGACGAACUGAACCGCGUGAGUACUGGAGAGAUUGGAACGUCACGCCAGGAAAAGAGAAGACUGUCACGGCGAUGGCGCAAUAAAUCCUCGUCCACUACCUUAACAGAGAUAGCUGCUGACCAGAACAUGUAUCCCGAGGGGCUCAACUGUGAACAAUGACAAUGCGAUAAUCAUCUGAAGAAGUAUCAUAUAUCUUAAAUAAUUCACAUAGGAUUUUCAAACAAAAUAUGCUAAUUGUUAUUCUUGACGCAGCUGACUUUUUUGACGCGACACGCUGCUUUUAACAAAAUUAUUCAUAUUAAGAAAGCAAUCAGAAGCUAGUGAUCAAAUGUUUUAAUAUAUCAAUUAUAUAAGAAGAUGACUAAGUGUUAGGACUGUAGUGUUAGGGCAACUGCCUCUGUCAGACAGGCGUGACCGAACAUGAAACUUGCGUGACAAAAUCCGUUAUGUCACGUAUAUAAGUGGUUAGUUUUGGUAUUUACGUAACAUACCCCUUUACACGAUAAGGGUUGCUGAGUACAUGAGAGGUAGCUAAAUUGUGCCUAUGUCAAAAAUCAUGUCGGAAGUGCACAAAAAUAGCACUUUUGAAACAAUUUUUUUGCUUUUUAGGAGAUGAGAGGGGUAGCUGAAUCGUACGUUACUCUGUCAGUCUACCUCUUUCAUUUACCUUUAAUAUCCACGCUAUCAUUCCGAUAUAUCUCACGCCAACCGAACUAAACUUUCUUCUUAGCAUAAUCAUUAUCAAUUAUAAUUCAAUGAAAUGAAAAAAAGUAUAAAUAUUAAUCUCGGGUUUCGUAAUCAAAAAAUGAAUUUAGUUUGGUUCGAUUUUGUUUUAUUUUUGUAUACAAAAUUUCUAUUUCAGUAAAAUGUCCCACAGUACCUCUCGGUCUUAAUUUGUAUGACGUCACCGGUGCUUAGUGACCGAUUGUAGUUGCUAAGUGAAGGGAAUUCACGCAAAUUCCUCGGAAAAUCAAGGAAAAAAAUCCCCUUCGAAAUCCUUUAUUCCUUUUUUAGCUCGAAAAAGAGAGAUAUAUUCAGUUAGUUUCUUCCAUUCGAACACUCGAAAAUGCAUUCGAAAAUGCUCAAUUCCGUGAGGUCGAUCAGUGCCAUUAAAACAAAUUUCAAAAACCUGCAGUACUAAAAUACUGUGUACAAAUAACUUGAUUGGAUUAGCAGUAUAUUUCCACGCUGAUUGGUGCAACAGAUGUCACGUGCCCUACUUGCCUGAUUGGGUUGAAAAGUAUUCUCGCAUGCUGAUUGGUGACUGAUAUUUUUGCCACCAGAUCGAGUUAAAAAUAUAUCACGUGACCUACUUACCUGAUCCGGUUCGCACUAUCCUCGCACACUGAUUGGCUCGACGAUUCGGUCAAUUCUGUACCGUUUCCGAGUUCGGUUAAACUUUUCACUGUCAUUCUUGCUAUCCCUUCCUCUUACUUUGCCUUGUAUAUCUCCAUACCUGUUUUUAAUAAUUACGUCAGUAAAACGUGUAUAUGUUUAUACAUUUCAAAAAGGAAUACGACUGGUGAAAUGCUAGCUGUAUAGAGGCUUUGCACCAUCACGUGAUGGCAGCCAUGACAGGAGGCGCAGCAAAUCAAUAGUCUUCAGGGAAACUAAAAUCUUCUCAUGUAAAUCAGAUUAGACCUUAUUCAAUAUUUUUCCUGCCACCUGUCAUGGCUGCCAUCACGUGAUGGUGCAAAAGCAUGUGUUUUAUACUAAAAUGUACAUACAAUCUAUCUAGUCUUCUAAGCAGCCGCUAUUAGUGUUUCCACGUAACGCUCUCCAGACACUAAUAGCGCCUGCGUAGAAGAUCACAUGUCAUCAUGAUCACUGGCACAAACUGAACAAGUACAGUUGGUUCGUUUUGUGAUAUGUAUAUUCAGUGUAAGGUAGCUUUUAAACCAAAUGAAAUUGAAUAUAGCCUAUCAAAUGUGUGAAAAUUAAUGAAUCCAAAUUAUUAGCCACCAUUUAAAUUAAAAGAUGUUUAAUUUAA